CAGACAUUCUGUAGUACACUAGUACAGGCGGCCACCACGCCCUCACUGUGUGUGUGCGUUACGUAAGCCUCUACGCACACGGAUACAUUUGAGCUGGAAACUUCAUUGGGGUCGGUUAGUCAGUCACUGUGUUUUCAUCUGAGCGUUACAGCUGUCAACCUCGUACACUACAUCUUUAAGUUUGCCAGGAUGGUUGUGCUUUCCAAAGAAUAUGGAUAUGUGGUGUUGACUGGCGUUGCCAGUAUGGUGAUGAUUGGACAUCUGGCCAUUAAAGUUGGCAAAGCCCGAAAGAAGUACAAUGUACAGUAUCCCAAGAUGUACAGUGACGACCCAGAAACUGGAAACAUUUUCAACUGCAUCCAGCGUGCACACCAAAACACCCUGGAGUUCUACCCCGCUUUUCUUUUUUGCCUGGCAGUUGGUGGUGCACAUGCUCCUCGUCUUGCCAGUGGACUUGGAGCUGUAUGGAUUGUAAGCAGAGAGGUGUAUGCUCAUGGGUACUCCACAGGAGAUCCUAAAAAACGAAGGUGGGGAGCGUUUGGGAACGUGGCUUUUCUCGGGUUGAUGCUGUCCACCGCCUGCUGCGGCUGCACCCUGCUUGGUUGGAAGCGACCACGGACCCCCUUCUGUGGUGGAAACUGUUGCUAGUAAGGACGAAGUCUUCAGGAUGGACUCACUCAGUCAUUCACCUUAUAAUAAAAGCCACUCUUCAUAACCCAUAUACAUUGCAACAUGUGUAACCUCUGACCAAUAUAACUGUUCUCCAGAAAGAGAAAUUCCUCAUUUAUGAUAAUGGAUGGGAUGUAUUCAUUGGUCGGCGCUCUCACAACAUGCAUUUGUCUUGAUAGCAUUUUCAACUGCACCCUGAUUUGGAAAUUUGAAACUAGCUGGCCACUUGUCAUGAAAUAUCUUUCAUAUUUUUGCAAUAGAAAAAUUAAGACUGUGUUAUAAAAUAGGGACAUUUCAGAGGGAAAUUGAACUUGUUGGAUGGACUUUGUAUUUGCUUAGCUGAGAAAAAUCAAAUUUUGCACAUUAAUGAAGAACUUAACAUGGCUAGUCAAAAAUGUUGCUGUUGUCCAGUAAAAUGAUUAUAAUUAUCUUUUUAUAGAGAUAUUUUUUAGAUGUUUCUCAUACUAAAAAACAGGGUUUUGACUAGUCAUACUGACAAUAUUAAAUAUACAUUGGUUAUGAAUUAUAUUGUGCUUUUUUUGUUGGGAAUUGAAUGGGUUUUAAAUAAAUGUGAGGUUUUGUUAACAUUUGUGUGUGUUUAAGGGAGGGGCUUUCUUUUUCUAAGCAGAGUAAUUGAUCAAAGUCCACAUGAAUUGUUUUGGUGGGUGGAUUUAUAUCUCUGCAGAGGCGUUGGGCUCAAAUCCAACUGCCAAAUAAAAUGCCACACUGGUAACAAUGACACAGCAUAAUGCUUUAGAACUCACCCACAUCCUAUAGCUGUAAUAUAUUGUACAGUAUGCAACAGUAUAUUGUGGUUUCUGUUUUAUUAUCAAACAGGAAAUCCUAAUAUCAGUACAUUCUUACAGUCUACAUUUCAAUGGCAUACUACCAUACAUUUACAUACAUUUAUAGUGUAGUUGUUUUUAACGUUAAGCACGUUGUGAUUUUGUAUCUGAAAGGUGCUAUAUAAAUAAACCUUACUUACAUCACUGGUGGCACUUAACAGCAAAGUAACUCAUAACACACUAGGUACAAACUGUGAUACAACAGCUAAGUUCCAGUACAUUUGCAGGAUACUCCAGCUAAUACAAGUAACAACAAUCUCAACUUUGGAAACUCUGUUGUGCCUCUUCUCAGUCUCCACUUAAAGCAUUUGAACAACCACCUUGUGCAGAAACAAAUACAAUCUUUAUAAAUAUGUAUUUUACAACACAUUUAACAAUAAUAGUGUGUUUUAUCUUUACAAUUUGCUCAUAUUAAAGUGUUUAGUGUAGCGAGGUCUCUUCUCUGUGUGCUUUGGUGGAGUAAACAUUUGUCAUUGAAAACAG